GCGGGAUAUUUUUGUUAUACUCGCUAUGCUUGACUGCAAUUCAACUUUAAUAUGACAGGUGGAUUUGUCAACAUUAGGGAGGCUGUUGGCAAGUUUGAAGGUGAUUUUUCAUGCACGGUGGAGGUCCAACGAGCAAUUCCCAUUCUAGCAAAAGCAUAUGGUGACAGCAUGCACAAAAUUCCGCAUGUUGGCCCUGAUACUUGUUCAGUGGUUUCUAAAUUGCUAAAGGAGAAAGAAACUGAAGCCUGGGGUGUGGAAACAAAUGACAUACAGGAUGCUGAUAGAAACUGCAAAGCUCUUGUGAAGAAAGGCAUUGUGCAUGUUGCCAACAUCAAGUUUCCACUUCCAUACAGGCCAAAAUCAUUUUCUCUUGUAAUUGUUUCAGAUGCAUUGGAAUAUUUGUCUCCUAGGUACCUUAACAAGACCCUCCCAGAUCUGGCAAGGGUAUCUAUUGAUGGGCUUGUGAUCUUUACAGGCUCUCCUGGUCAUCGGAAAGCUAAAGUUUCAGAAUCCAAAUAUGGAAGGGUGCUAAGAAUAUCUGCAUUUGAAACUUAUUUUUCAUAUGCUUUUCUUUUAUUUCAAAAGUUGUUUAAUUCAUUGUGAUAAGCUGUUACAUUAACUGCUGACGUUUUGUUAUUGAUCAUUUUCAUGAUAAUCUUCCUUUGCUUGAGAUGGUGAGAUUGGAUGGAGAGGUUUGGAAUCAAAGAAAAUAUAAGGAAUUUAAAAAGCUUACCGAAGAAAAAAAACAACCUUUUUUGCUUUAGGAAUGAAAGGUUUUCAUUUGAAAGGCUGGUUUAUCUUAAUAUUUCAGCUCAUAUUGUUGCGCUACAGAUAUUCCUGUGUCUCGUGGCUGCUUUAGUCUAAAUAUCAUCUUAUAAACAAUUUAAUUUUCUAAAUAACCGACAAAUUGGCAUUUUUAUAUUUUUUUCCUUUUUGAAGGCUAAGAUGAGGAGUUCAUCCUGGUGGGUCAGGUAUUUUGUUCAGACUAGCUUGGAGGAGAAUGAAGCUACUAUCAAGAAGUUUGAGCAUGCAGCGACAAAGAUGUCAUAUGUCUCAAAAUGCCAAAUUUUUCACCUUAUGCCAUUCCAUUAACAUUUUGAAUUUUUUUUUUUAAUUUUUUAUCAGUCUUGAAGCACUUGGAGGUGUUAUCUUUGAUAAUUCAUCUCAAACGAUUUUUUCCAUAGGAGACUAUCAAUCUUUCCCCUCAGUUGUAUUGUU